GAGAAAAAUGGCGCACGCGGCGAAAGCUUCUCACUCCUGCAUUCCACUUCAAGGUUCUAAAUGAUUUCCAAGUCAUUCAUGAUAGGCAAGCGAAGAUUUUCGUUGGUCAAUUAGAAAAGAUGGUUUCUAGCGAGAAAGAGUUCGAUAUCUUCCCUUUCGUCAAGCGGUGCGCUCUCGAUAUCAUCUGCGAGACCGCUAUGGGCUGCCAUAUUUCCGCACAAGAGAACCAUCAACAUCCCUAUGUGGAGUCGGUUCGAAGGACUCAACGAACUCGCGUUUCUACACGAACGCAUGCCUUGGAUGUGGAUUCAAGCGAUU